GCUUUAAAAAUGCCGUUUACUCGCCAUUCCAUGAAGUUAUUUUGCUCUGAUGCAGAGUAGGGUCGGACCUGUUGAAUGGCUGAAACCAUAUACUGACGAGACAAUAAUUGAGCUUGGGAAGAAAGGGGUAAAGAGUAUUCUUGCCGUGCCAAUAAGUUUUGUAAGUGAGCAUAUUGAGACAUUAGAGGAAAUUGAUGUUGAAUACAAGGAGCUAGCAUUGGAGUCUGGAAUACAGAACUGGGCACGUGUUCCUGCCCUAGGUGUUGAACCCACUUUCAUCUCAGAUUUGGCAGAUGCAGUGAUCGAAAGUCUUCCAUAUGUAGGAGCAAUGGCAGUCUCAAAUCUUGAAGCUCGCCAGUCAUUGGUCCCUCUUGGCAGCGUGGAAGAGCUAUUGGCAGCAUAUGAUUCACAGCGCAGGGAGCUGCCACCUCCUGUAACAGUCUGGGAAUGGGGUUGGACAAAAAGUGCAGAAACGUGGAAUGGAAGGGCAGCAAUGUUGGCAGUUCUUGUGCUGCUGGUGCUAGAAGUAACAACUGGAGAAGGCUUCCUGCACCAGUGGGGUGUCCUGAUAGAUAGAGAAGGGUGAGAAAGAUCAAGGAUGGUACGGACUAUCAAGAGAAGAAACAAAAGAGCAAAUUCAUCUUCGAAGGUUUAUCAUCUUUCUAUAACUUUUAGCAUCUAUACGCAACCUGUAAAUUUUCCUCUCUUGCUCCAAUUUUCUGUCAUUUGAAUUCCAAAUCCAUGUUGUAACAAUUCUAUGUAUCUGAUUAUUUGCAUACAGUAUUCCGAUUGAAUCCCUAAGAAGCAAGAACAAUACAGUGGCAGAUGUCUACAAUAAUCUUUCUGCCUUCUUGUAUUUGCAUCAUCUAAAUGCUGAAAGUGUGAACAACUGGAAUAUAGCUUUCAACAUGGUAAACUUUGCCAUGAAAGACUCUGAUGCCACACUGCUGGAUUUAAGUAAUGUCCAUAGUUGCGCUAA